UAGCUGUCCACGCAUGCAGCAACGGCCCUGGCUCUUUGGGGGAGAGACCAGCCUUCCCUUGCCGGCCUGAUUCGCUUAGAUGCUGUGCAAAAGUCUCGUCUCCAUGCUCCAGCCGCUGCAUUUCAAGUCGUGCGUAUUUACUUAUUUUGAUGCUUCGUUAUUAGGCUGAGACCUUCUUCUCCUUUUCCCACCCAACCUAUCGACCCUCUCGACCUUGACUUCAACACUCACGUCGAUCAAGACUGUCCGAGUCCCAACAUGGAAGAAGAGAACCACGCCAGCCCACCCGCCGACUCGGUGGAGAAGCCGGCCGAUCAACCCGAGACCCAAAACAUUCCAGUCGAGGAGGAUGCACAUGCCUCAGCCGCACCCGACGCUGUGGGAGCCCCAACAGCCCCAGCCAGCGGCACAGCUGAAUCAGAUCAUACCAAGGACGAGGCACUCGACCAAGACGAGCCGCAGCCAAGUGCUGAGGACCCACACGACGAGGACUCCCACAUAAGCCUCAGUGGAGAGCCCGAGUUCGACUCACAUCAAGAGCCGUCGAUCCAAGACGAACCCACACAAGAACACCACUCGGAAGCAGAGCACACAGAGGAAGAGAAGGAUGAGCCCUCAUUACCUACAGGAGACUCUGUUCUCGAGUCCGAGUCAGAUCAAAGCCAUGCAGCUUCGACACUCCAAGACCCGAGCGAAGCCACCGAGAAUCAAGAUGGGACAGAACUCUCUUCAAGGAGGGGGUCCAACUCCUGUGACUUGGACAGGCGCCACUCCGUGAGGACAGAGGCAUUGAUCCAAGCUGCUGCACGAGCCGUCGUCUCGAUGAGGGAACAGAAUGGGGAAGAGUCUGCACAUGAAGAUCCAGACAGUGCCGACGAGUCCGCCAUGAGCUCCACAAAUGACACCGAAGAUCAGGACGAUACCAUUCACCCUGAUUUCGACCAGGACGCUCCGAGCAGACCCCAGUCAUCCGCCUCGCGGUCCAUUCACUCCUCGGAGGGCGAUUGCGCCGAGAACAGCUCGCGCAACAGCACAGAGGACGACGUGUUUAGUGACCGCAGCCCUCGCACCUCCAUCCACUCGUCAGAUGAGCACUACGACAACGAUUCCGUCGAGGCCAUGACUGAGAAGGGCGACCAGUCCCCGUAUGUGCGAUCUCGUGUGGCUUCUGGAGUGUCCACUUCCGAUGCUUCGGUCAUGUCUGAGCAGUCUCGGCUAUCACGAUACGACAAGGAAGAUUUUGUUCCUACCUCACGCACCAACAGACCUGCAUUCCGAAGCCCAUCCUCCGUCCGCGCUAUGCAGAUGUCAUCCCCUACUCCAUCAGCCUACUCGUCGCCUGCCCGCGCCAAGAAGCAAUAUGGCCUGCCCACAAUCUCGAGGCUCGGGAGCCCAACAGUGUCGGGUCAAUUUCCGCCUAAGGGGCGGUCAACGCCCACGCGCUUCAAACGCCCUGAGCCAGCCCCGCUGGUUCUGCUGCAUGUCACACUGCUCCCUCUCCGCUGGGCAUAUGGCGAGGUGGUGAACUAUUUUGAGGGCAAGAAAAUCCCCCCAGCCCUGUUCUCCAGCGAAGGAAUUAAGAACCUCCGCGUGGCCUGGCGUCAGCUGCAGGACCGCCUUGGAGACACCGAGAUGGAACGAGGAAUCCUCCUUCCCCACCCUCAAAAUGACUACGAGAUUCUCGAGGAGCGUCUCUUGGAGGCCCUCGAGCUUCCUUUGCGACGCCGGGCCCGUAUCCUGGAGUGCGGACACUACCUGGGACCUUCGAACGAGAUGACCCCUAGUUCCGACAUCGAGGACGACUCAGAGGAUACUAGCGAUGCCGAAGACUCUGAGGCCAGCAGCAGAAAGGAGAAGAGACACUGGUGCAAGACCUGCAAAGGAGACAUCAAGUACGAAGAGCUCGGGUCAGAGAGGGUGUUUCGCAUCAAGGUCUACGCUAGCAACGGGCUUAUGAGUCCCGGGGCCUGGGAGGCCUGCUGGAAAGAGAUGGAGCGCGUGGACAUUGAAGUGGAGCCCAUCACUGGUUCCCAAAUCCAAGGUGAGCUGGCCAAGCUUGGCGCUACUUUCGACCAGGAGCACCAGCAACGCCUGGACCAGCAGGCCGAAGAACAAGAGCGGUUGCAUCUUGAGGAAGAAGAGCGUCUGCGGAUGGAGGUUGAGAGCCGUCAACAACUCGAGGAGGAGCGUGCACAGCUCGAAGCUCAGCGCCAGCAAUUUGAAGAGGAGCGACGCCGGUCUCUAGAGGAAUCACAGAGGAAGCUCGAAGAAGAACGUCGACAGGCCGAGAAAGAGCAGCGUGAACGCCUUGAGGAAGAGCGCCGCCAACAGUUUGAGGAGGAGCGUCAGCUUUUGGAUGCUCAACGACGGGAAUUCGAGCUCCAACGCCAAGAACUUGACGAGCAGAGGAAGAUGAUCGAGCAAGAACAGCGGCAGCAUCUCGAGGAGGCUCGUCGCCAGGAGCUCGAAGAGGAGCAUCGCCUGCUUGAUGAGCAGCGCCAGCAGCUGGAAGAAGCACGUCAACAGUUCGAAACAGAACGACGCCAGCGCCUGGAAGAAGAAGAGCUUCGGCGGCAGAGGGAGGAAGAGGAGCAGAAGCAGCUCUCGUCAGCACGCUCUAUUUCUCGAACCUCAUUUGUGGAGGACGACCUCGCCUCACCAACUCUCGACACCGCCAGCUCCACUGAUGUCGACGGUCGUCGGCGUGAUUCUGACCGACUCCGUGAGAUCUAUGGCAGCCACGGUCGCUCUUCGUCCGAGAUCACGGCCACCAACUCCUCACCGGCGAUCCACAUCCACGUAGGCUCGGGCCGACAACAAGAAGAGGAGCAGAACUCGCGGCAGCUGGCAACCAUUCCCGCCCCACGCGAGCCUGAUAUGCCGCCAGCUCAAGCACACGCUGAUGCCCGGCAGCCGAAUGCUUAUGUUGCCCCACAAACACCAGCAUCGCCGUCUGAGCAGGCUUACCAGAGGCGGGAGGAUCGCCGUCGGUCGCUGGACUCUGCCUCGCUGGCCGAGCUGGUCGGCGAGUCGAUCAGGAUUCUCCUGCAAGACCCCAAGAACGUCGCAAUCGCUGUCCUGGUGGUCCUGAUUGCCAUGCUCGCCGGGCAGUAUGCGAAGCGUGACGAGCACGGUGUCGAGCUCUACAAACCCCAGCAGCACCACUCCUACCAGCACCAUCAGCUCGACGCCCGGGAGCCCGUGGGCCAGGUCAUCAUGAACACACCUGUCGUGCAGCGUGUCGAGACCAUGGCGCCGCCGCCCCCUGUCGCGGAGACGGUCUACAGGACUGUCACAGAAUCCCCAUCAUCCUCACCGACACCGCUGGUCGAGACUGUCUACAAGACCAUCGUCGAGUCCUCCCAGGCGCCCCCACCAUCCCAGCGCACAGAGACCGUCUACCACACGGUGGUCCAGCCUCCUGUCCAGGAGAAGCCGACGCCUGUUGUGGAGACUGUCUACACCACGGUGACGGAAUCCCUGGCCCAGCCCCACCACCAAACAAUCGUAGCGCACGAGCACGCCCGCCAUCAACAGUGAGGAGGCUGAGAUAGAUACCGAUGUCGAUCAUAUCAUCGCGACCGCGUUCAACCCCACUUGCGGUCUGGAGCAGGAGGCUCUUGUCCUGGAGCCAGACGUGAUCUCCGCGGGGGAAAGCAUCGAGAAGCAUGAGGAGGAACAACAAGAAGACAUGCCUGUCGAUUCGUACAGCCCGGCGGAGGCAGUCUCGCCACAAGUCUCGUCUGUGGCGUCGCCUAGCACAGACGAAGCCACCAUCAGCGUGACUACAACAGUCAGGAUCGCGGAGACAAUAACGGAGACCGUGGUCGUGACGACUACGAGGACAAGCUAUCAGCCUGACCUCGGCGCCACCGGAGUCCCUGAGGUAUCCGAGGUAUCCGAGGUAGCGUAGGUGUACACCUUAGCAUCAGAUGUUGAUACCUGGAUGGGUCCAGAGAACAUAUGAACAUGGAUACCGGAAUGGGCGGUCGAUGAACGUCCUGCCACACAAUAACAUACGCACAAGGAGGAGCUGUUCCGAGGCUCGAAGGGUAGGCUUUGAAGGAUGGGCAGAUGGUGUUGGAAAUGUUUUAUUGCAUGGCUGGGGCGCGGUUUCUUUUACGUUUUGAACUUAUUCUCUGAUUCUUGCUCGGGUUUGGGUUCUGAUUCUGCGGGAUUCAAUAAUGUAAAUAGCAUACAACAGACAGCGAGCGAGCGAGCGAGCGAGCACAUGUGGACUUUGACUGAAUGAAGCAUUUGAAUCCAGGGAAGGAGAUUGACUGAAAGCGCUCGCAUACACAAUUUUUCAUACCCCCUACAGUAGAUAGAUGAACAUGGUUCCGUUUUGUAAACAA